CACUGUGGUCUGGUCUCCGUGGAGAUGGCCUGUGGACUGGUUUCCAUGACAUUAAGGGGUCUGGUGUCGGUGGUGAUUCUGCUGUGGACUGUCACAUCCACAGAUGGGGGAGACAUCCAUGUAACCUGUCUGUUCUCAGAGGAUUGUGUCCUGGCCUGCAGCUUCCAGCCUGGCAGUGAGGAAGUCAUCCACUGGCUGAAACCAGAAGACAAGGACCUGAAUGUCCACUCCUACUACUACAGUACAGAUCAGCUCAAACAGCAGAGCCAGCGUUACAGAGGGAGAACAGCCCUGUUCAAUGACCAGAUCCCCAAAGGAAACGCUUCACUACUGCUGAGAGGACUCACACUCCAGGACCAGGGCAGAUACAAGUGUUACACCAGCACUAUUAAAGGCAACAAGGAGUCCUUCAUUAACAUGGCAGUGGAGGCUCCAGUCCGCUUGGUGGACAUACAGUUAUCAGAUGACAUCAUCACCUGCAGUUCCACAGAUAUCUACCCUGAGCCUAAACUCACCUGGUCCACUGACCCCCCCUCUGACCUUUCAUUUGACCCUGGAACCAUCCAGAACUCCACCAGCACCAAGGUGGAUGACCGGGGCCUCUAUGACAUCACCAGCACAAAACAGUUUAUCAGAGGC